UUGCCUGUUGCUUAAACAAAGAAUAAUAUGAUGAAUUAUCUUUUUUUACAAAAGUUUGACCAAAGAAAAUUAAAUUUUAUUUCUCAAAAAUAAUGUUUUCCUCCAUUUCCAGUUACACAGUCGAAUGUGGUGAUAACAUCGUGUGUUUUCAAUUUAGAAUAUUUGCAUUCAUAAAAUGCCAAGAAAAUGUUCGACAACUCAUCCUGGCACAAGAAAAUAUGGCACUUAAUCUAAUUACACCAAUUCUACACUUCAAGAGGCUUUAGCCAAAAUUAAAUUAGAAAAAAUGUCGAUUGGUGAAGCUUCUAAAAUUUAUAAAGUACCUAAAGCAACAUUAUUUUAUAAGCUAAAAAGUAAACACUGUAAAUCAGUAGGACGCCCUAUUGCCCUUAGCAUUGAUGAGGAAUUUUGUUUUGAAAAUCACUUACUUUAUUUAAGUGACAAAGGUAUACCAAUUGGAAUUAAUGAUUUUAAAAGUAUUGUCAAAAUCUAUCUGGAUGAUAGUGGAAAAAAUAUACAACAGUUUAAAGAUAACCGACCAGGUUGGGAGUGGUGUAAACUUUAUCUUGACAGGCAUCCAUCAUUAAAAGAAAAAGUAUCUCAUUGUAUUUCAAGGAAACGUGCACAGGUUAAUUAUUGUCAAAUAAAAUUAUUUUUUCAAAAUCUAGAGAAGGAAUUAAAUGGAGUAACGCUAGAUAACAUUUACAAUAUGGAUGAAACAGGGUUUCAUGAUGACCCUGGAAAAAAAAACUUCAAGAAUGGCAACUUCUUGCAGUGGCUGGAUGGAAAUUCAAAUAUUUGAAGAGUGACUGUUAAAUCACUUUGUUCCAAAUAUUAUAAAUAAGGUAAAAAAAUUCUGAUUUGCGAUAAUUUAAGUGCUCAUAUAUCUUUAAAAGCCUUAAAUAAAUGUGAAAAGCGUAAUAUAACAUUUAUAUGUUUGGUACCCAAUUCCACGCACCUUUUACAACCUUUAGAUGUUGGAUAUUUCUCGAGUUUAAAAGCUAAUUGGAGGUCAGUUCUUAAUCAAUGGCGUAAAACAUCCAGAGGAAAAAAGGUUAAUAACCUGCCAAAAAAUUUGUUUACGCAACUCAUUAAAUCUACUCUUAAUGUUGGUAACCAGACAAGCUCUCUCCAAAUUACCCAGUUUUACAAAUAUAGAAAUUCAACUCAAUAUUGGAGAAUCGUUUAGGAAUUAUGUUGAUGAUAUUCAUCUUAAUUAUGAAGUUAGCAAAAAAUGUAAGUUACCAAUAACAGCAGGGAAAAGUGUAUCAGCCACUGAGGUAGAAGCAUACUAUAAGGAAAGAGACAAUAAAAAAAAAAGUCAAGAUAAUAUUCGAGCAAAGAAAAGAGGAAGACCACUUGGAUCAAAUAAUAUGGUUAUGAAAAUAAACAAAAAACUUAAUAUUUUACAAAGUUCAGGCAUCGUAAAUGUUAAUCAAGUUAUUGAAGACAAUGAACAAGUUUUACCUCUAUCUCAAAAUGAUGCAGUUUUUUCAUUGGAGCAAAUAAACAAUCACUAUGUACAUGUUUUCCUUGAUCAUGACUAUUUUGUAAAAGAGUUAGUUGUAACUCAAGACUAAAAGAAUGAAACACUGUGAUAUUUAGUUUUAUUGUCAAUGGUGUUUAUUUGUGGAGAAUUAUAUAAAAAUAAUGU